AUGGCAAUUGAUAUGAUCUCAGAAGCUCCAACUCUAGUAACAAGUCCAAGAAUUUCUUUUUCUGAUGAUCUUAGUCAAAAAGAUUCUAAUGCAAAUUCUUCUGCUGAAAAAUUCCCAUUAAUUUGCUCAGAUUCUAAUUCUGAAUUCGAUUUCUGUAUUACCAACAACACAAAUACAGAAACUUCUUCAGCAGAUGAGCUUUUCUUAGACGGCUUAAUUCGACCUCUUCAACUACAAGAAAAAUAUGUCACUAUAAACCAAGAAAUCUUGAAAAAUAUAUCCAAGACUCAACCUUUAAAUUCUCCUCCAAAUCAACCAACCCCAAAUGAAAGUUCAAACCAAGAAAUCUUGAAACAAAAGGAUCAAAGCAAAUCCUUUUGGCGCAUAAGGAGAAGUAGUAGUCUUCAUUGUGUUAAUAGCCACAAAAAAAGCUCAUUUUGGUCUUUACCUUUACUAUCACGUAGCAAUUCUACAGGCUCAGAAGGUCAGAAAAACAAUGCACAAUUCAAGAAAAUGAAGAAUAUGAAUACAUCUGCAGCUAAUUUUUACACAUUUCCAUCAUCACAAAAGCCACCAUUGAGAAAGAAUUAUGGAUUAGGGCAUAAUUAUGGUAAUGGGGUUUGCAUUCAUCCUGUUUUGAAUGUGCCACCUACUUUUAUUACUAAGGGUACUGCUAAUCUCUUUGGUUUGGGGUCUUUUUUUGCCAAUGGAAAAGAAAACAAGGACGUUUUAUCUGAUUACUGCAUGUCUUUAACGCCUAAGAAUCCUGCAUAUGCUGAUUCUGCAGUUGCUGUACUUCUACUUACAUUUGGGCCAACAGGUCGUAAUAGUGUCCGCUUUCCAUUUGGAAAUCCUCAGCCUGCUUAA